AUGUCUGCUAGACACUUUGUCAACGACCCGACCCACCUGGUCAACACAGCCCUGCAUGCAAUCACCAUUACGAACCCCUCCGUAGCAUGCGACGCCGAGAACAAGAUAAUCUACGUGCGGCCGGACUCGCGCCGCGCCAAGCAGCCCGUCGCCAUUAUCUCCGGCGGCGGCUCCGGUCAUGAACCGUCCUUUGGCGGAAUGGUUGGCCGCGGCCUGCUGUCGGCCGCCGUAGCCGGCACAAUAUUCGCCAGUCCGUCCACCGAACAGGUCCGCACCGCCAUCACGUCGAGGGUGGAGGUCGGCGACAGAGAAGACGGCGGCGGCGUCCUCGUCACCGUAAUGAACUACACGGGCGACAUACUCAACUUUGGCGUCGCGGCCGAGAAGGCGCGUGCGGCUGGCAUCAACGUCGAGAUGCUCGUUGUCGGGGAUGACGUCGGCGUCGGUCGCGCAAAGGGCGGCAAAGUCGGCCGUCGCGGCAUCGCCGGCACCGUCCUGGUGCACAAGAUCAGUGGUGCCCUGGCCGCGCGGGGCGCCAGCCUGUCCGAGGUGACCCGCGUCGCCCGUCUUGCCGCCUCUAAUCUCGCCAGUGUUGGCGCCAGCCUCGAACAUGUCCACGUCCCGGGCCGCAAGGCGGCGGACCAGGAGGACGCCUUGGCCGAGGGCGAGGUCGAGAUCGGCAUGGGCAUCCACAACGAACCUGGAUCGGGUCGUGAGAAGGGCCUUGAGCUGCCCGCACUCGUGGAGCGGAUGCUGGCGCAGCUGCUCGACCAGAAGGACGCCGACCGCGCGUAUUUGCAGGUCGGCAGCGGCGACAAGUUCGUCUUGCUGGUCAAUAACCUUGGCGGUGUGAGUGUGCUAGAGAUGGGCGGCAUUACGGCCGAGGUGGCCAAGCAGCUAGAGAAGACAUGGGCCAUCAAGGCAGUGCGAGUUCUCGCCGGGACCUUCAUGACUAGCCUCAACGGGCUGGGCUUCAGCAUCUCACUGCUAAAGGUAGUCGAUACUGGCAGUUCUGCAACAAUGGUGCAGCUGUUGGAUGACCCCUGCGAGGCGACUGGGUGGUCUGCCCCUAUUGCUACCGAGACAUGGGACUCGCCGCCUACGGGAGCCAAAGAGGGUAACUUGAAGGAAGAGAGGGACCUUAAGCCUACUGGGCUGAAGUUGGAUGCCGCUGCUGCUCAAAAAGCUAUCACUGCAGCAUUGGAGAGGGUCGUCGCCGUUGAACCUGAAGUCACCAGGUACGACACGGUCGUGGGCGAUGGAGACUGUGGUAUUGGAUUGAAGAGGGGCGCUGAAGCCGUACUCAAACAUCUUGCGAGCAGCCCACUAACCGGCGACGCCGUGGUUGACGUGGCCAGCAUCGUACCAGUCGUGGAGAAUCACAUGGACGGAACGUCGGGCGCCCUGUACUCCAUCUUCCUAAACGCGAUGCUCAGAUCACUACGCGACAACACUCCCUCUUCUGGCGAGUCGGCAGCCUCCCCUGAGCUAUGGGCCAAAGUCCUGAAGGAGAGCUGCAAGGCGCUCGGAAAAUACUCGCAGGCACAAGUUGGCGACCGAACUCUAAUCGAUGCUCUCCACCCGUUCGUAGACACGCUCGCAGAGACCGGCAAUGUAGGCAGUGCCGCCAACGCAGCCCAAAAAGGAGCAGAACGCACCAAGGGAAUGAAGCCCAGCUUUGGUAGGUCGACAUACGUGGGAGGAACCGGGUACGAACAGGUGCCUGACGCUGGAGCUUGGGGACUUGCUGCCUUCUUUAAUGGGCUAGCAGGUCAAUCUUAA